CCAGGCGGUCCGUGAACGCACCAUCCCCGUCGUCCCGGUUGAGCGGCGUCACAGCCGCGAUGUGUCAUUUCGACGGAUAAAUUUACCGAUCGACGCAGCGACGAACGCUGCCCCGUCUCCUGCGCUGUCCGCCUGGGCCUGGAUAAUGUCAAAGAGGGGCCGUUAGUGCGCUCAUCCUUGUGUGUUUAUUAAUUCAUUCUCACUCCGAUGUGAACACCUCCUCUGUCAACGUCUCCUCGCUUUGGCUUGUAUUCUGCGGGAUGAGGAUGAUCUCACCAGCGGGCAACAUGUCUCUCAUCGGGCUGACUUUGGCGCUGCUCACCGUCCUCUGCUGCACAUCUCCGGCCAGUGGCAACGAGGACUGUCUGUGGUACGUGGAUAAAAACGGCACCUGGCACAACGGCUUCGACUGCCCUCUCAUCACGUUCUGCUGUGGGAACUGCCACCGGCGCUACUGCUGCCUGGACGCCUUCAAGAUGAUCACAGAGAGGGAGCAGAAACGCUGCAUGCUCUUCCAGUUCAGCCCCACCACUUUAGCUGGCAUUGCCUCCUCCAUCCUCCUGUUUGUGGCCAUCAUUGCAACCAUGGUCUGCUGCUUCAUGUGCUCCUGCUGUUACCUCUACCAGAGAAGGCAGCAGAGAGGGAGGACACCUUAUGAUGUCCAGCAGAUCCCAAUGGCCAACUACCCAGUGGAGCCCAUGUAUGACGCUUACGGAAAACCACUGGGACCCUCUGAGUAUCCACAUGCAGGUUAUCCAAUGGCGCCCCAGUACCCCGGCAUGCCACCACAGUACCCUGUGAUGCAUCCUGGACCCUAUCCACCACACCUGAUGGAUCCUGCAUACAGCCAGGCCCCUCCACCUUACUCUCCACCUCAGUAUCCUGGUCAUUGAUGGGCUCGCCUACAAACACACACACACACACACACACACACACACACACACACACACACACACACACACACACACACAGUGGGGAAACACCAGCAACUGAGAGAAAUGACUGUUUUAAACGGAGAAGGCAGCAACACUCUCACACACUCAAACACACACUCAAUAAACAGAGCUUGACUAGCAGUGGUUUGCCUGUGAAAGAAAACAGGAGGCACUUUAAGGGUUUUCUUUUUGUUUGUUUGUUUAUUUACAACAUUGUCCUACUUUUUCUGGAGCUUUUACGUAAGUCAAAUUGUGUUCUGCAACCUGACGCCCGAUUGAGGGCAUCACACCAUCCCCAAAGUGAGGAGGUAUCCGGCUGGCGUCUUGCUCUGACAGACUCACCUAAAAACAGGGCGCUCUCUCAUCGUUUACUAAAGGGAAAAAUGCUUUACUUCCUCACUUUUGUUAAAUUUGAAUAAAUUAAUAACAUUCCAGGUCAUCUCGGUCAUUGAUCAACAUUCUCAAAAUAUGAUUACAUGAUGUCUUUAUCUAUAUUUGAUAGGGUUAGUUCUUUUUCUUAAUGUGGUAGAGGCUCAAGUGAAAAACAAAUUGCAUGUUUGAUUAAAAAGGUGACAUGUAUGGCUCAAAGGUUCAAGAUGUGGUCUUAAAUUUGCUCAGAUGGCCUAAAGGAUUCCACGGUUUGAACUUUGUCUCCUCUUUAUUUGUAUCUGACUCGACUAAUUUACUUCAUGGUAGUAUAUUAGCUGCACCAUUGUAAUGUAACAUGUCAACAUCAGCAUGCUACCCCAGUCGAAGUUAUCUGUCCUCCUCUCAAAGUUCUUUUCUGGUUUUAAAUGAAUUAGAGUCUUUAUAUUAAUCCCAUAAUGCCAUGUAGGAUGUUUAUACAGUGAGAUUCACGUUAAUUGUUUAUUUUUCUUGUAACAUAUCAGGUCAGGGGAGUUGCAGGUCAUGCUGCUCGUUUAAAAUAAAAUGUCCCGCCUUACAAUAAUUAAUGAUGGGGGGAAAAAAAGAGAUUAACUAUUUAAAUACAUAUUUUGUAAAUCUGUUCUUGGGCUGAAUAUUUUCUGAUAUUGUAACAAGUUGUUUUAAACACUCUCUAUUGUUAUUGUAACAUAAGAUUUAGCGUUUUGGCAUCUUUCCAUUAGGUAUUUAUUAUUAUAAUUAUUCUUAAGGUUACCUUUUACUGUGAAUGGGUUCUCACCUUCUGGACAAGCUGCAAAGCCAAAAAUCAUACUGUUGAAAAAAAAAAAGUUUUUUUUUUAAACCAAUAGUUUGAAAAUGAGGGAAAUAGGUUCAUUUGCUGCCUUGCCUCGAGUUUAGAUGAGAAUAUCGAUACCACACAUGUCUGUGAGUGGUAUCAUUUCCUGUAAACAUCAAGAAAAGCAGCAGAUAACCAGUGCUUGGUGUUUAUCCUAAAAUGUCAAACUGUUCCUUUGAAGUUGCACUUACAGAUUUGGGCUCCAGUGAGGUCAGGGCCUGUAACCUGUAAUUCAUUUGUAACGUGCACCUUGGAUAAUGUACGAACUGUAUAACAUGAUGUCUCAAACAUGUGUUGUACAGUUAGCUGUCUGACUACUAAUAGGUGAUACUUUAAUUAUCUUUAUUCAGGGGUAAUUUAUCUUAAACUUUAAGUCAGAUGAGAUGCAUAUUAAUUAAAAAAAAAAGCACUCUUAUGCUGAUCAGAGAAGCCUGGGCAAACUUUAUUUUGAGACUCACUGCUGUAUCUUGUCUAAUUGCUGCACCAUGCAUUGAAUCAAGACAAGACUUAUUACCACUAGUUUACAGCAUAAAUUGUUUCCUCCGAUGGCGACGUCCAUGUGUACAGAUUUGUUGAGCCUUUGUAAAGCACAAAGAGAACACUUGACUUUUCUUUGUAAGAUGCUCUCACGUGUAGUUUGACAUAACGUUUGCUCAAUGAUGUUUCCGUUUAUUUGUGCUUCUAAACCAACUCCAUGAGUGUGUUAAAUGAAACUGACGUCAGUGGGCAAAAUAACUUGUCUAGGUGGCUUUUUGUCUGUUGUCAUAUGGAUGACAUUGUAAUAUAAAGUGUGUGAAAAGUUUUUAUUUCUAUUAACAUAAAAUUUAACUUUGGAAUGUAAAAUACAA